AUGAGUAAAAAUUGGCUAAUAUUGCUGGCAAAAGUUAAUAUGCUAACAAUCACCGCCAUCAGUGUGGACAGACUUCUCGCUUUGACCCUGGAGCUGAGUUACAGACAAGUUGUCAUUGCAAGGCUAACGCGAAUCCUUCUGAUUACUUCAUUAGUUCUAAGCGUGCCUUUCGUAUUGAUGGUCUUAUUUUUUUUUAGAGUAAUAAUAUAUGCCAUUGGUGUAUUCUAACCUCAACUUUCUGUUGCGUGAAGAUAUAUUUUACACUUCAUCAUUACCAGGUCAAAGUAAAGCUCUAUGACAACCAAGGAAAACAGGAAGGAGUUAACCUACUGAAUAUGAUGCGAUACAAAAACGCAGUGAUUGGUACUUUGUGGGUGCUAAUCACUUUCUUGGCAUGUUUUCUUCCGUUUAUUAUCGUGGUCAUACUUGUCAUCAAUGAAAAGUUUUCGAACUGCAGAUUUUUAUUUUCAUUUUUUUUUGGCAUUUUCACUUGAGUUUUAAGUCUGAGGCUAAAUCCAUGUAUUUAUUGCUAGAAGAUGAAGCAUGUUUGACAAGCAUUAACAUGGCCAAGCAAUGCUGUUGUUGUCAACGGUAGUAUCCCAUAAGCUCGCAUGACAUGGCUCUAUACUUCCCCUUUAAACUGCUCCAUAUUUCGUCGAUAUUUAUCAAGAGAAUGUUGUUUUAUCAGGUUAAGACAUACCCUUCGUGAUAAGUGUUCCUAUUUUAUUCACUUCUCUGAUUCAUUUACGUUCGUAAGGGAAAAAGUUUAAACCCGGUUUACAUGGGAUAGUAAGCCAACGUUGAGGUAAAGAAAUGAUCUUCUCCGUAUGAGUUACAAUGAAAAGGACCGCAGAAAAGAGGUCUUAAAACAUUCGUGGGUUGAGAGGAUUCCAGUCCUUGCUUCCCAGAUUUUACCGCCUGAGCUACCGAGCCUUAUGUUGAAAACGAGGCUUGUCAUUAUGCCUAGGGCAACAUUAAAUCAAAACCUUGUUAGCGUUGUUUACUUAAGGAUCACGAAAGUAACAUGUACCCAUUGUCAAUGGAUAUAUCGUAAUCUUACGUUAUAAAAGUAAAGUAAUAAAAAAGAGCUUGAACGUGACCCAAUUUUUUUUCUGUCUUGAAACGUCCUUCUUCCUUGUACUAUUCACCGUUCUUUCAAACCUUUAUAGAGAAUUUUAUACUGUAUCUCUUGAUAAAUAUUUAUUGCCAAAAUACUAAACAAAAAAUAUUAAAUUCAUUCAAGAUUUGCAGCACACUGAUUGAAAUUCAGUCAAAGUCAGACCUGAUCAUAACAAUCAACUAUACGAAUACAGAUCAGUUUGGCAAAAAUAUGUCAAUAAAUAAUCAAAAUAAAUAUCACUUCGUUUGAAAAAAGAGGAAGAGGAAGGAAGCUAGGUUAUUAAAAAAAAUGAUGACAAAAAAUCACAUUUAGACUUAAAGCUCUCAAUUUUUAACGCAUGGACUAGUGAUGAGUUUGGUCACCGUCAUGCUGUGAGGAAGAAACAUGUACAUCCUAAAUUUCUAAAUAGAGAUCUAUUAAACAGCGAGAUAGACCACGUCUUUCAUAGAUUAACAUCGCUGUCAGUUAAUUAUUGUUUUAAUUAAAAUGUCUUUCCCUUGUUUGAUUAUUUUAUCUGAAAUGUUUUACUUCCGUAGUAGAGUUUGAGUUUCUUUGCAGGUGUGUGGAUCAAAUGACAAACGUAACUUUAAUAGUUUUGAUGUUUUCUGCAUCAUAAGAUUAGCAUGCUCUAGAAGGAUCACUUCGUGCUUGGCCAAGGUUAGCCUUCAUGCGAAAGAGGUUUUACAUGAGAACUAUCAUAAACGUUCCACUUAUCCCUUCGCAAAAGUUUGCAAAAGAGGUGGGUCCCUUGUACACUGAAUAAUUUAGACCGUCGGAUAAACAUUAACUAAGCAGGAGGAGUUGCUAAAUGUUCAAUAUUCAAACAAGGGAUGAUGUAAAGAAAGGUGUUCUUGUAAUUUGUCUUGUCCUGAGUGUGGGAUAAAAGAAAGAUUUAGCGACCCAAUAUAGAAUUGCAACUCAGUCCUUCGAAUUGCAAGCUUCGAUGCUCAACCACUGAGCCACAGAAACUUCUCUGGCGAGCUACAACCAGUUGCAAAAAUGUUGAGACACCUUGACCAAAAAGUCAAUUUCUCUACUUCAUUAGAUGGCCAAGAAAUAUAUGAUUUAUUGCAAAAAAUCAAAUGCUGGCCCCCUUCCCCGAUUCAUUGUUUUUCAUCGAAGUUUUGUACAUGAUACUGCAUAGCUACCAACAUUGCAAAAUAGGGAGUGGGAGUAAUCAUUGUGUUGGAUUACAAGAUUAACAACUAUCUCUUGUAGUAGUAAUAUGUACUACUCAUUUUGCAACCAGUUGUAAGUCUCUGUUGGUUUUAUGUAAGGUAUAAGGUAAUUCACGCGGUAUGUUAUUCUUGGGCUAUGAAUGAAAAUUGUAAAAACUUUUUAGUUUCUUCGCUUAAAUUUCCAAGGAAAAUGAUAUAUUUAAAAAGCAAAAAUGGAUUAUUUUCGACAUUUAUGAUUCGAUGAUGACCCAGCUUUAAAAACUCUUAACGGUGGCCAGUUUAAGUUAUCAACUCAGUUGAUAAAACCCAACAAUCUAUUCCUAAAUGUAAGAAAUAGGUAAAAUGAUGCCAUGAUUCGCAAGGAUCUUCUGAAGUUAAAUAUCAUUUUUCCACCUUUUUCCUUUUUCUUUUCAAUUACAUGUCAGUGCAAACAAACUUUUUUCUUAACAGUGCUUUCUUAAUCAUUUUACCAUGCUACAGACUGACAACAUAUAUAUGUGUGGCUAGGAGAGUUGGGUCUUUGGAGAGGUUAUUAAAACAAGUCUUGACUGAUACUGAGGAAUUAUUGGAUAACUUUCCAGUUAUAUCAAAGACAAAAGAUGCCGAGUUUAAACAUAUCCAAGGAUAUAAACUCGACAGAUCAAGUCGUCUCUUGCAGAAGAAAUCUUGAAUUUUACCAAAGAAUUUUCCUUGCAACUUUGAAUAUUCCUUCUGCCACGAUUGCACUGAUAGGGAAUUGUCUUGUAAUUUUGGCUCUCCUGAAAACGACGUCCCUUCACCCGCCUUCAAAAGUUUUCCUUGGAUCACUAGCACUUACUGAUUUAUGUGCUAGCGUCGUUUCACAGCCCCUCUAUGUCAUGAUUCUAUUAUUGCGCGGGGAAUUAUUUCUUUAUCUGAAAAUCAUCACCUCCGUUAGCUUAACGUUGUUUGGAGUGGCAUCACUACAGACUGUCACAGCGAUCAGUGUGGACAGACUCCUCGCCUUAAAAAUGAUGUUGAGAUAUAAGCAGGCGGUAACAUUAAAACGCACUUGCUUCACUGUUGUCAUAUUUUGGCUUGUGAGUGUUAUAAUUUCGAUCAUGGUAGCCAACUAUAUUACUAUCUUUCACGUUAUCUGUGCAGUUCUGCUGCUUUGUAUGGUGACUUCCACCUUCUGUUACGCAAGAAUAUAUAACAUUCUCCGUCACCACCAGAAUCAGAUUCAAGUUAUUCACGUACAAGCUGCUCCCUUCAGCCAAGGGAGCAGUCCCUUGAUUGCAAUAUCACGAUACAAAAAGACAGUGUCCAGCGCAAUAUGGGUACAGGGGGCAUUUCUAGCUUGUUACAGCCCAUAUUUAUUUGCAAUUAUAUUUAAGCUAACUGGUACAGCAAUACCAUCGUUUUGUUUCUUUCGGGAACUUUCAUUGUCCCUGGUGUUGUUGAACUCAAGUUUAAAUCCAUUCAUUUAUUGCUGGAAAAUUGACGGUGUGAGAAAAGCUGCGAAGGACGUUAUUAAAUCAUGGUGCUGA